UCCAUCUUCAUCCCUUCACAAAUUUCUCUCCCCUUCACCAAAAACUUACAAAAAAAAAUUGGGAAAUACAAAUAAUUAUGGGGCCAAUGACACUUCCUCCCGGAUUCCGGUUCCAUCCAACGGACGAGGAGCUCGUGGCCUACUAUCUCGACCGGAAAAUCAACGGCGGGACAAUCGAGCUCGACGUCAUCCCCGAGGUUGAUCUCUACAAAUGUGAGCCCUGGGAUUUACCCGAUAAAUCAUUCUUGCCGAGUAAGGACAUGGAGUGGUACUUCUACGGCCCACGGGACAAGAAGUACCCGAACGGGUCACGCACAAAUCGCGCGACGCGCUCGGGGUACUGGAAGGCGACCGGGAAAGACCGGACCGUGCACUCACAGAAGCGUGCGGUCGGGAUGAAGAAGACAUUGGUGUAUUACAGAGGAAGGGCGCCACAUGGCGUUAGAACUGAUUGGGUAAUGCACGAGUAUCGCCUCACAUCCUCCACGUCAACUCUCAAGGAUUCUUAUGCACUAUGUCGGGUGAUGAAGAAAAACAUAGUCUCACAAAAGACUAAUAAUGAAGCAGCCGCGGAGCAAGUUUUAUGGGACGAAGGCGCGACCCCGGAAACAUCCCGGGAUCAAAAUACCUCGUCCGAUCUCACACCAGCCGCGGUCGUCUCCAAAGAUUCAAUGGAUCAGAUCGGAUCAGAUGAAGUGAAUAGCUCCGUGAUGGAUCAAUUCUAUUGCAAUGGCACUGAAAGCAUAUCAAAUUUCAAUUUUCAGGAUUACACAGGUUUAUUCUGUGAAUCAUGGAAUCCAUCGGUGGGGAUGAACGAUUUCCCGGAGAUAGAUUUUCCGACGGAGUGGAAAUCGGGCGGUGAACACGUGGCGGAUUCGGAUAGGUUCAAGGAUUGUCUCAACGGCAUUGCAAAUCUAGAUGAGAUUUAUGCCUUGUGCUCUACACACGAUAGUUAUGCACACACUUUGUAAUAUUUUUAAAAAUUACAGAGGUAGUAGUGAUGAUGACAUUGGGUUAGGGUUCUUUUAUCACAUAUAUAUUUUUCUUUUCUUUUUUGUUUGUUGUUUUGAUUUAUACUUGUAAUGAUCAUAUGGAAGAGGUAAGAUAAUUUUGUGGUAA